GCUGUCUAUAGUAGAAAAGGGCCGAAAUCAAUUAGCUGUGAACAGAAAAGAAAACUUUUUAACAUAUGCAACAAGAUUUAGGUGAGGGUUUGUCUACAUGUUCCGGGAAGAGAGAGAGAGAGAAUCAGAAGUGUAUCUUGAUCUAGGGUUCACAGACAAAAUCUCCAUGCUUUGAACUAAGCAGAAUUCAUCUGGUCUUUUAUCUCUUUCAUAUCAAACCAAAGGAUUGAUCUAUCCAUAUCGUCCAAAACCUAUAUCUAGCUAAGCCUAGAACUUCUCUAUCGUUUACCACUUUCUUUCUAUAUUUCUUCUGAAUUUGUAACAUCAGAAGUAAUAAUGAUUCCAAGUAUGGAGGGAGGCGGGAAGACUAACAGAGAAGAAGAGGAGGAGGAAGAGGAAGAAGAAGAAGAAGGUGAAGAGAGUAAGGUUUCAAGCAAUAGUACAGUGGAAGAGAGCGACAAGAAGACUAAGGUUAGGCCUUAUGUGAGAUCUAAAGUCCCUCGACUCCGGUGGACUCCUGAUCUUCAUCUUCGCUUUGUCCGCGCCGUUGAGAGGCUUGGAGGUCAAGAAAGAGCAACUCCAAAGUUGGUUCGUCAGAUGAUGAACAUCAAAGGGCUUAGUAUUGCUCAUGUCAAGAGCCAUCUACAGAUGUACAGAAGCAAGAAGAUAGAUGAUCAAGGUCAAGCUAUAGCUGGUCACAAACAUCUCUUCGAGACUUCCACAGAUCGAAAUAUUUAUAAACUAAGUCAGCUACCGAUGUUCCGAGGCUAUAAUCAUAACCAUGAUUCUCCAUUCAGAUAUGGAAGUAAAAUUUCAAAUGCUUCUUUGUGGAACUCUAGCUCUCAAGGAACAGAAAGGAGUUUGAUAGACCAAAUUAGGCCCGGUUUAAUCCGCAACGCGUCGGUUAGCAAUAACAUCCGUGGUAGUGAUUAUUGGACUAACAACAAGUCUUUCCAAAACAUCUACUCUUCUUCAAUUUCUAAUCACUUUCCGAAACUACGACACGAUCAUCACGAACGGACCAAUUCAGUCACAUUCAACAGCAUUCAAGGACACUCAAGAACUUUUCAAAAGUUCCAUAACGGUGUUGAGGAGAACACUAAUCAUUCUUAUUGUAGCAAGACAAAUGGCAAAAGAGACGCAAGUAGGAGCAUUGAUCUUGAUCUAUCUCUUAAGCUAAGACAACCGGAGAAGACAAUUUUGGAAGAGACAGAAACAGCAGCAACAACAACGGAUCAAACGUUGUCCUUGUCGCUAUGUCCAGGGUCGUCUUCGUGGAAAAAGAGCCGACUGAUGAAAGAUGAAGAGGAUCGGACGGUUAAGAUUGGUCAGGAGAGUACUCUGGAUCUGACUCUAUGAAUUAUAUUUAAGAAUGAGACAAAUUCUAAGUGAGAUCUUGAGGUACUUACCGAUAUCUUAAUAUUCAGUGUCGUUGUUGUUUAUCAUUAAUCAUGUAUUUUCUUUAUUAUUAGAAAGGAAACAAAAAUGUUUGAUUAUAUUAACGGUCUUGAGUUUGUUUGAUACCGCCAAUUUGUAUCAUCACAUAUAUAAACAAAUAUUACUAGCCACAUCAUAAUGAUUCGAUC